AUGGCCUCAUGGCGAAGUGAGAGGGCGGCGCUAAAAGGGGCUGGUGGGUUGAUAAUAUUAAGGACAGCCUCCACCAUGACAGCCAUCAAGCACGCUCUCCAGAGGGACAUCUUCACGCCGAACGAUGAGCGUCUACUUGGCAUCGUCAAUGUCUGCAAGGCAGGGAAGAAAAAGAAGAACUGCUUCUUGUGUGCCACAGUCACCACAGAGAGGCCCGUCCAGGUUAAAGUGGUAAAGGUGAAAAAAUCGGACAAAGGAGACUUCUACAAGAGGCAGCAGACCUGGGAGCUCAGAGAUUUGACGCAAGUAGAUGCCAAAGAUGCAAGCAAGGAGAAUCCUGAGUUUGAUCUGCAUUUUGAGAAGGUGUACCGCUGGUUGGCUAGCAGUACAGCUGAGAAAAACUCCUUCAUUUCCUGCCUCUGGAAGCUGAACCAGCGCUAUCUAAGGAAGAAGAUGGAGUUUGUGAAUGUUAGUUCACAGCUGCUUGAAGAACUUCCUAAAGCGGAAGAGUCGGUGCCGAGCGGGGAGAGCCAAAGUGUGGCGGGGGGCGAUGAGGACGCUCUGGACGACUACCAGGAGCUUAGCACCCGUGAAGAGCAGGACAUCGAGGGCAUGAUGGAGAUUUGCGAAUAUGCCAUCUCCAAUGCAGAGGCCUUUGCAGAGAAGCUCUUCAAGGAGCUGCAGGUGUUAGAUGGGGCCAACAUUCAGUCCAUCAUGGCGUCCGAGAAGCAGGUGAACAUCCUGAUGCAGCUGCUCGAUGAGGCGCUGGGGGAGGUGGACACCAUCGAGGGAAAGCUGAGCAGCUAUGAGGAGAUGCUCCAGAGUGUCAAGGAGCAGAUGGACCAGAUCUCCCAGAGCAACCGCCUCAUCCAGAUCAGCAACACCAACAACGGCAAACUGCUGGAUGAGAUCCAGUUCUUAGUGAACUACAUGGAUUUGUCAAAAGGACACAUCCGGGCUUUGCAAGACGGAGACCUGACCUCCCCUAAAGGCAUCGAGGCCUGCAUCAACGCCUCUGAAGCGCUCCUGCAGUGCAUGAACGUGGCUCUACGACCCGGCCACGACAAGCUGCUGGCCGUGAAGCAGCAACUGCUUCUGUUCACUGACCUCAGAGACACCUUCGCUCGCCGCCUCACCAAUCACCUUAAUAAUGUGUUUGUGCAUCAGGGCCACGACCAGAGCUCCACUUUGUCUCAGCACACAGCUGAGCUCACUCUGCCCAAACACAGCCCCCUCCACAGGGACCUGCUGCGCUAUGCCAAGCUCAUGGAGUGGCUGAAGAACACUCACAGGGAGAAGUAUGAGGGCCUGUCCAGGACAUAUGUUGAUUACAUGAGCAGACUAUAUGAGCGAGAAAUCAAAGACUUCUUUGAGGUUGCCAAGAUGAAGAUGGCGGGUACAUCCAAAGAAGCCAAGGGCAAGUUUGCCACGCUUCCGCGGAAAGAGAGUGCUCUCAGGCAGGAAACUGAAAUAGGCCUGCACGGCAGCUCUGGGAAGCUCACGGGCUCCACCUCCAGCCUGAACAAGCUGACGGUGCAGGGCUCCAACAGCCGGCGCUCCCAGUCCUCCUCGCUGCUGGACAUGGGCAACAUGUCCGCCUCCGACCUGGACGUGGCAGACAGAACCAAGUUUGACAAGAUAUUUGAGCAGGUCCUCAGUGAGCUGGAGCCUCUGUGUCUCGCAGAACAAGAUUUCAUUAGCAAGUUCUUUAAGCUGCAGCAGCACAUGACCGUUGUGCCCCCCCUUGCACAGCCUGAAACAGAGGAGUCAGAUGGGAGCAUGCCAUCGAGAUUACCCCCCCAGGCGGAACACAGACACUCGCUGUCAUCAGAGAAAGACAUGGUGCGGCUGAUGAUGAAUAAAAUCUUCCAGAGCAUCGAGACCGAGCUCAACAGCCUGAUCGCUUUGGGCGACAAGAUUGACAGCUUCCACUCUCUGUACAUGCUGGUCAAGAUGAGUCACCACGUGUGGACAGCUGAGAACGUUGACCCGGCCUCUUUUCUCAGCACUACUCUUGGAAAUGUGCUGGUCACUGUCAAGAGGAACUUUGACAAAUGCAUUUCUGGUCAGAUCAGACAGAUGGAGGAAGUUAAGAUCUCUAAGAAAAGCAAAGUCGGCAUUCUGCCGUUUGUAACUGGGUUUGAGGAGUUUGCCGAGCUCGCCGAGACAAUCUUCCGUAACGCAGAACGCCGAGGGGACCUGGAUAAAGCUUAUGUCAAGCUCAUCAGGGCUGUUUUCAUGAAUGUGGAAAAAGUAGCCAAUGAAAGCCAGAAAACACCGCGGGAUGUUGUGAUGAUGGAGAAUUUCCACCAUAUCUUUUCGACAUUGUCGCGUCUAAAGAUUUCGUGUUUGGACGCUGAGAGACGAGAGGCUAAGCAUAAAUACACGGACCACCUACAGUCCUAUGUCAUCAACUCUCUGGGACAGCCACUGGAAAAACUCAAUCAUUUCUUCGAAGGGGUGGAAACGCGGGUAGCACAGGGCGUUCGUGAGGAAGAGGUGAGCUACCACCUGGCCUUCAACAAACAAGAGCUGCGCAAAGUUAUCAAAGAGUACCCGGGAAAAGAGGUGAAGAAGGGCCUGGACAACCUUUACAAGAAGGUGGACAAACAUCUGUGUGAAGAGGAAAGUUUGUUGCAGGUGGUGUGGCACUCCAUGCAAGACGAGUUUAUCCGUCAGUACAAGCACUUUGAAGAUCUGAUUGGCACGGUAUGUCCCCCCACGUCUUGUAAAAUAUUUCUCGAAGUUAGCGGCUUUUACCACGUCACAGCCAUGAACAGCAGCGCGGAGAGGAAAUUCGUCAACUUACGGAAACGUCUGGAUCAGCUGGGCUACCGGCAGCCCCUCGGAAUAGAGUCGCUGCCACUGGUGGAGAAACUGUUCAGUGACCUGGUCCAUACAACCGAGAGCCUGCGCAAUGCCAAACUGUCAGCGGGGAAAAGUGAGAAGGAAAGCCGGAAUGUUGACGCGCUCCUGGAGCCCUACAGGGCGGAGAAUGCCAGAGUGGUCAAGGAAAACAACGAGCUUCACAUUCAGCUUCUGAAGCUGAGGGAGGAAAAAGAGCAUGUAACCAGAGAGCUCAAAACCCACAUUCGGAAACUGGACCACGAGACGUCUGACCUAAAGUUUUUGAACAACCAGUAUGUGCAUAAGGUUCGCAGCCUGGAGAAGGACAGCAAAGCUAAAGCCGAGCGCAUCCAGCAGCUGCAGGAAAAGAACAUGCAAGCUGUUGUGCAGACGCCAGGUGGGAAGAAGCGCAGCAUUCCUUUUAGGCGGCAGAGGAUGCAGAUCGAUGAGCUCGUCCCUCCCUCCACAUCUGGUUAUCCCGUUCUGCAGCCCGACGAUCCAUAUGUAGCAGACCUGCUGCUGCUGGCUGAUGGGAGAAUAAAUGAACUUCAAGAAGACAUCAUUAGACUCAAACUAGACCUUGAAAAUUCCCAAGAGUGCAUAACGCAUUUAAACUCACAGGUGGAGGGGAGGGAUAAAGAAAUUGAGCGUCUGAAUCAUGUUCUUCGCGGAGGGCGACCUCAUGAUGUCGUCUCCCUUGAAGCUCAGAACAUCAGCAACGAGAAGCUGAUCGCCCAUCUUAACCUGCAGAUUGAGUACCUACAGGAGGCCAACAGAUCCCUGGAGCUGAAGGUUGAGGGACUGCUGCAGAAAAAAAAGGACGCCUCCAGCGAAGUGGCUAACCUGUCUUUAAAGAACCUGGAACUGUGUGAAGAACUGACCCACAUAGACCAUCUAGCAAAGCGGCUGGAGAUGGACAAGGACCGCGUGCUGGAAACGGCCGACAUGGAGCUACUAGAAACUAAAAAAGAAAUGAAAAGGCAGCAGAAAAUCAUUGCAGACUUGGAGGAUGUCAUCACAAACAUAAAGAGGGAGAGGGCUGAGGGGGAAUUUGAAAACGACCGUCUCAGAAAUCAGCUGGCCGAGCUCCAACAACAGAGCGACAAGAUGGAGGGACUGGUGAAUUUCCUGGAGGACGAGAAAACCAGGCUGCAGGACAAAGUGGAAAAGAUGCUGGCUGCCGACAAAGAGCUGGUACUGGAGCUGGAGACAAUGCGCGCUAAACAUGGUGUCUGUGGAAGAGAACGAUCCCCAUCUCGACUAGACGCCUUCGUAAAGAGCCUAGAGGAGGAGAGAAAUCACUAUCGCCAAGAGGCUGAGCGCUACAAAAGAGUCAGAGGGACAAGUUUGAGCCCCAGUCGCAGUCCAGACAGAGGCAGAAGUCCAAAAUCCAAAUUUAGCAAGGGAGGUGUUGCAGAAUCGGAGCUUUUGCAGGUGAUGAAGGAGAGGGACGAGCUUAAGGCGGCCCUGCUGAACAUCGAGAAGCACGUAGAGGACAUUCAGAGCAGUGUGAAGGGCCUCAGCGACGAAAGAGACCACUUCAAAACCCUUUUAAAACAGGCUCAAGAUGAGCUCCGGUUUGCCCAAAGCGUCGAUAAGUCAGCCGAGGUCUUAAAACUGCAGGAGGAGCUCAAACGGGCAGAUCUAAAGAUUGAUCAGAUGACCACUGAAAGGGAAACACUGAUGGAGAGACUGAAGGUUGUCCAGACCUUCUCUCUCACGGACAGACACACAGAGGAGCGGAGGAUCUUCGACCUGGAGAACACCGUGAAAAGCCUGGAGCGAGAGCGGCAGGAGCUGCACUCGCAGGUGUGUCUGCUGACGGAGGCCAGAGGCGCCGCCGAGGAGGAGCUGAGGGUCCAGUCUGCAGCGCGGGUCCACAGCUCGGAGGAGGUCACUCAGCGGAGGGCCGAGGCGAGCGCUCUGAGGCUGCAGCAGGAGCAGAUGCAGCAGACGUUGGUGGACACGCAGCACAGGCUGUCUGUGAAGAUGAAUGAGCUUCAUGCAGCUCACGGCCAGAUCGAAAAGCUGGAGGGGAGAUUGGCGGAGCUGAGUCAGCACGGCGCGAAGCACAGCGAGGAAGUAACUGCCCUCCAGAGGUCAGUUUCUACCCUGGACAGAGAGAAGGACGCCCUGCAGGAUGAGGUGGAUCUGAAGACCGAAAAGCUGGUCGCUCUCCAAGAGGAGCUAACCAAGAAGGAAAAGAACCUUGAAGAUGUGAGACUCACAGUCAAAAACAUGGACAACUCGCUGGCUCAGCUGCAGGGAGCCUUAAACAGCCGAGAGAGGGAGACCGGCAGUCUGAGGAGGCAGCUGGACGCCUCCCAGGAGGAGCUGGCCGCGCUCAGGAGGGACAAAGAGAUCAUCAUCAGAGAGAACAGAAGGCUGCAAGAUGACCUGGCCACGAUGACCCGAGAGAACCAAGCCGUACACGUGGAGAUGGAGGAGGCUUUGCACGAGAGGGACGAGCUAAAGUCGAGGGUCCACUCGUACAUUUCCGAGGUGUCGCGGAUCGAGAAGCUGAUGGCGGCCAAGGAGCAGGAGAACCGGGACCUGCUGGAGCGCUUCAGGAUGGCCCACUCGGAGGCGGAUGAGCGGGAUCAGAAGCUGCAAAAGGCCGAGGGCCUCAACAACUCCAUCCGCCUGGAGCUGCUGUCCUCCGACACCGAGCGCCGGAGACUCCGGGACACCGUCGGCCAGCAGGAGCGAGAGAUCCAGCAGCACACGCAGGCCCUGCAGGCCUACGAAGCCCAGGUGUCCUCGCUGGUCCACGGCAUGUCCCGGCUGGAGGAGGAGCUCCACAACGCCCAGGAGGAGAAAACCGCCCUCCUCUCGGACGUGGCCUCCGUCAGGGAGCUCUGCGUCAAGCUGGACUCCGGGAAGGAGCUGGUCGCUCGCCAGCUCACCGCCAAGAGCAUGCACCUGGAGAGGGUCACAGGAGAACUGGAGGACGUCCGGUCAGAGACGGAGCUGCUGAAGCAGCAGCUCGCCAGCGAGAGGCUGACCAUACGCAACCUGGAGGCUCUGCUGUCCACCAACCGGCAAAAAGAGUUCCAGUCCCAUCUGACCGCCAGCGAGAGAGAGUCGGAGCUGAAGGUGCUGCGCGACAGGCUCACCUUGGCCGACAGCAAAAAUGCAGAGCACGCCCGAGAGGUGUCCCAGCUCCGCGGCAAAGUGUCCCAGCUGCAGACCGAGAUGGACGUGCUGAGAAGGCAGCUGACCUCUGAGCGCUUCGAGAGGGAAAGGGCGGUCCAGGAGAUGCGCAGACGGGGCCUGUCGUUCUCCUCCCUGCACAGCUCCUCGUCCCUGAACGUGUCCAGCAGUCCGCAGCUCGCCUCCACAGAGCGCUCCAUCCUCCGAACGCUUGACCGCUCCAGCGACAGGUCGACAGACAAGAGCGUAAGCUUCGGGGGCGAUGAGUGA